AUGGCGCGGGCGGCGGAACCCGAGCGGCGACUGCUGGCCGUCUACACCGGCGGCACCAUCGGCAUGCGGAGCGGUCGCAGCGGGCUGGUCCCGGGGCAGGGCCUGGCUGCCGUGCUGAGGACCCUGCCAAUGUUCCAUGACCAGGACUAUGCCGGCCAGCUCCCUGAGGACACCCUGGUGCUGCCCCCCACUGGCUCCGACCAGAGCGUCAUCUACACCGUGCUGGAAUGGCAGCCCCUCUUUGACUCCAGUGACAUGACCAUCACCGAGUGGGUCCAAAUUGCACAGACCAUCGAGAGGUAUUACGAGCAGUACCACGGCUUUGUGGUCAUCCACGGCACCGACACCAUGGCCUUCGCUGCCUCUACGCUCUCCUUUGUGCUGGAAAACCUGCGGAAGCCUGUAAUCUUCACCGGGGCCCAGGUACCGAUCCAUGCUCUCUGGAAUGACGGCCGCGAGAACCUGCUGGGGGCGCUGCUGAUGGCUGCCCAGUACCUGAUCCCCGAGGUCUGUCUGUACUUCCAGAACCAACUGUUCCGGGGCAACAGGGCCACCAAGGUGGACUCUCGGAGGUUCGCGGCUUUCUGCUCCCCCAACCUGCCCCCUCUGGCCACCGUGGGCGCUGACAUCAUAAUCAACCAGCAGCUGGUGCGGAAGGUUCGUGGACAGGACCCGCUCGUGGUGCACAGCGGCUUGGAGCGUGACGUGGGCGUGCUGCGUCUGUACCCUGGGAUCCCCGGCUCCCUGGUCCGGGCCUUCCUGCAGCCUCCCCUCAAGGGCGUGGUCCUGGAGACCUUUGGCUCGGGCAAUGGGCCCACCAAGCCUGAGCUGCUGCAGGAGCUGCGGGCCGCGGCCAGCCGGGGCCUGCUCAUUGUCAACUGCACCCACUGCCUCCAGGGCCCUGUGACCUCGGACUACGCUGCUGGCGUGGCCUUGGUGGGCACCGGCCUGGUCCCCGGCUCUGACAUGACCUCGGAGGCUGCGCUGGCCAAACUGGCUUAUGUGCUGGGGCUCCCGGGGCUGAGCCUGGACGACAGGAAGCAGCUGCUGGCCCAGGAUCUUCGUGGAGAGAUGACUCUGCCGGCCUCCGAGCUCGAGCCCGCACUUCGGGGGAGCCCGCUGGGGCACCAGGUGGCCCAGUUCCUCAGGCUGAGCAACAGCCAGGAGUUCAGUGCUGUGUGGGAUGCCUUGCUGCCCGGUCUGGCCUGUGCGGCAGCCCGUGCUGGGGACCUGGAGGCGCUGCGGGUGCUGGUGGCUGCGGGCUGUGACCUGAGCAUGAAGGACUUUAACGGACAGACCCCACUGCACGUGGCCGCCCGCGUGGGCCACCCUGGAGCCGUCAGCAUGCUGCUGUGCAGAGGGGCUGACGUGAACGCCCGUAGCGAGGACGGCCUCAGCCCACUGCUGCUGGCCGUGAGGGGCAGGCACCAGCGGGUCAUCAGGCUGCUGCGAGCAGCUGGGGCCUGCCUGUCCGCACAGGAGCUGGAGGACGCGGGGACAGAGCUGUGCAGGCUGGCCUCCCGGGGAGAUGGCAAAGGCCUGCGAUUGUGGUGGCAAGCAGGGGCAGACCUGGGGCUGCCGGGCUACGAUGGGCGGCCUGCCCUGCAAGUUGCAGAAUCUACCGGAAACCUGGACGUGGUUGCCCUCCUGCAGCACCUCGAGGGCAGGGCCCCGGACCCUGAACCGGCCUUGACGGCCAGGCUGGGCCCAGCCCCAGCUGACGCCCCCACCCUGCUCUGUGGCCCUGCCUUGGACACCGCCUGGCCUCCACAGCUGCACACAUUAUAUUCUCAGAAAGUGCUGCCUGUUGUCUACCUUGCAGCCCUCCUGCUGCAGUCACCCGGUCCCCCACCCACCGAGGGCCAGCCCCUCCCAGGCCGGCUCCUGGAGGAGGCGGGAACAGGAGACCUGGGCCUGCCUCAUUUUGCUAGCUGGGCUGGAUACUGCAAGUUCCAGAAUCCCAGCUACCAGCGCUGA